AUGACAAGGUUCAAAAGUUCAGAGACUACUACGAUGGUUGAAACAGCCUUCCCAUCAUCCCAGUAGUCACUGCGAAGAUCUGACAGCUGGGCCCGCACUUCAACGAAUCAACCAAGCAUGACUUCCGUCAGUCAUCAGCCCGCUUCCGUUGAUCCUGCCAUUUCCACCCGAAGGACACCAUCCCGUAAAGCUCCGUCCCCUUAUCGACCUUCGGUGCCGAGCAAAACCCAUUACAGCAACGCAAAUAUCAACUCUCCAAACAAAUUAACCCGUAAUAAUACGUUUAUUGCGGAAUCCGGAAAGUCUUACAGAAAUGGAAAUGGUGGUGAGCACCAGGAACAGGACGAUUCCGGCGAGGGGCGACUCGGUCCGAAAACGAAAAGUUCGAGCGCCGGUGCCUUGGAGGAUCUGCGCCAGCGGGAAAGUGACGACGGUCAGCUGGUGGACAUCUUCAAGGGGGAUGACAUCAUUUUUACGGGAUCGGAAGAAGAUCGCCAGCAAGCGCUGGAAGAGUCGGUCCCACUUCCGGCGAUGCCUCCGGUAGUGAGCAAAAAGUCUUCCAAACGGACGUCACUUCCGGUGAAGACAAAUUCCUCGCUUGGUCGUCCGCUUCGUUCCCAGCGGAGCGUAAUCAACGGAUGCGACUCCAAAACGAUUCGGAACCUGCUCAAGUUGAUCACGCGAAGCUACUUCGAGAGUCUCAAGUACGAGAUCGAUCGUAUGAAGGACAACGACCGGAGGCUGCAAGAGUUGGCUGGUUCGCAUGGGAAUUCGAUCGUGGCGCUGAUCAGUCGCGAUGCGGAGUACGAUCGUAGAAUUGAGGAGUUGCGGGAGCAGAACGUGAGAUUGCUGAUUGAAACUCGCGAGAAGGACAAGGCCCAGCAGACGACGGUCAACACGAUAACCGCUGAGCUGAAUGAGUUGAAAUCUGUCUGCAACCUGCUUUUGAAGAACAUCGAAAAGGACUACGAGCUGGACCUGCUGGCUCGGAAGCUCCGCAAAUCCAAGCAGUUCGACUCCAACACGUACAAAAUGCUCAAAACGCAACUCCGCAAACCUAUCCGCACCAAAUCGGUCCAAUCUCCGGAGAAGUCCUGCUCCCGAGCGAAGCUCCAGCACAAACAGGAAGUGCUAUCGCUUCCGUCCAAGGCGAAAAGUGAAGCCGUGCUAAAGUCGUCCAAAUCCAAAGUGUCGCGCAGUUCCGCCGUGGCGAAGGUAGUGACGAAGCCGACACCGCCGUCGCAGAAGCUCAAGAGCGACUGGUCCUCGCUGUCCAGCAUGUCGUCGAUCUCUACCCGGACCGACAUGCUGUCCGACAUCGAGCUGACGUCGGACAAGAGUCGGGCCGAUUCGAGCAAAUCGGCUGGGAACGACAGCGAGACGGCGAAGCAAACGGCACUGAAAAGCCACAAGCCGAGCAUUCUCAAGAUAUUCUGCUGUGGGGGACGUUCGAAGAAAGCGAAGAAAAGCGCCAAGACGAAUUAAUUUUUUAACGAAUUUU